AUGUCUGUAGCUGGACUUCGGUGCCAGCCCAGGACAGGAGGCCUGAAACUUUACGAGGAUGCUAUCAGAUCUACGAAAAAGACGGAUACCACAUCGGCAGUUUCAAGCGCCGAAGACGUUGACUCAUCGGACCAUCUGGCCGAUGAGGAACCUCAUACCGAGCCUGCGGAUGAGGAAGAUGAGACUCCCAGUGAUGAAGCCGAGAGCGCGGCCGAGAAGGCAAGCAUUUCCACCGGCAAGGGGCAAGGCUUGACCAAAUCCAAGCUGAAGGGUCUCAAGAGAUCCAAGAAACGCAGUGUCUUGUCCAUGUCAUACAAGAGUGGACUUCACGAUGAAGCCUUCGAACUGGUACCCCUGACCGCACCCGGAGGGCUACGCUCCUUCGUGGAGAAAAUGCGGGAGGUUGUGUUCGCCCGUGCCACUGAAGAAGCCAGAGAGCUCUUCCGAGCUGGACAGAAGCCAGGAGUGCUAUCCAGACAGUCCGGGGAAUCCAUGUUGUCGUACGUCUCCAGACGACGACGAUGGUGGAAACUACUCCGCGCGUUGGACACCAGCAUCGAGCUUUCGGAGCCGACGCGCGUCGAGCUUAUGCUAGAACUGUCCGGGUCAUCUCGCCAAGAAGCCCUAGUCGUGAAAGCUUGCGCCGAAGACUCCGAAAGCUUCGACAGCGUUGCCACAAUUCCUGUGGACCGCUACGCAGGGCUCCAUCUCCGAGAGGGUAGGGCCCUCAGAGGACAAAAUGCCAAUCCUCGACCUGGCUUUCGCUACGCCGGGAAGGGUAGCAAGUCAAAGGGCAAGUCCAAGGGCGUUACCCGACGAGCUUACGCAGCCGUCGAGGAAGGCAAUGAGGAUGACGAAGACUCGUGGUAUGAUGAGUCUUGGGAAGGUUAUCCAUUGGAGGCCUAUCUAGCAGCGUCCUAUGACGACGACGAGGACGACCCUGAAUUGCUACCUGAUGAGGAGCAAGAAUACGAAGAGUUCGAACUCGAUGAGCGCAAGGACAUCGCUCUGAACUUUAUUGAGGAGUUGGAUGAUACCGCAGAUGCGGGUCACGCCAUCCAACUGCAGCUCGCUGCCCGCGCGAAGAGAAGUGCCUUCGCUGUGGAGGCACCUGCCACUGGGCCGGUGACCCAGAAUGCAAAUCCCCACAAAGUCGCGAGGAGGCGGCUGCAAGUUGCGCCGAUUUCGGUCGCGCUGCUGAUGCACCUUGCCCGGGGUGAGGUGGCAAGGGCUGGCGUUCGUUCACCAAAAAAAUGGUGCGCGAAUGUGCGCGAACUGGCUGCUGCCACUACACGCAGCCCUUCCGAAUCGUUGCCUUGGAGAAGUGCAACGUGA